GUUUUGUGCGAAGUGCAGUCAUACGUGUUGUCAGUUUCUAAGGAAUUAGUCGCGAAUAAUGCAGCUAAUUGCAGUUGGGGUUUUUAUAAGUCUGGUGCUCGGCUCCAGCGCGGCCAUAAGCGGACCGUAUCUGUUUUGGGGUCACGACAAAGUAACCAAUUUGCAACCCCAAGCGUUAGUCGACGCCAGUACCAGGGAGCAGCCGCUGACGCAACUGUUCAAGGAUGCCAAGGCAAUAAUUAUUUUUUUGCGCAAUGCCACAAGCCGCCUGGAGGGCAUCAAGUAUCCCAAGUUUCAAAAUCUGGUGAAGAAUAACGCGUGGACAUAUAUGCCGCAGCGUAACCUGGCCGUAGAGCCCUUUAUCUACAACGCCAACAUUGAGGUCAUCAACCUGACCGGGCAGAGCGAGGAGGACGACGCGGAGCUGCUGACGGGCUACAAUGAUGCGCUAACCGUUUAUGGCCAUGGUGAAGUGCUAGGCAUACUAGCAAGUCGCGAGGAAGAGGCACACUAUCUGGCCAAGCGCGAAGCCAAGGACGAGGGCAAAGAGGAGGCCACAACCACACAGUCAACGCCAACUGAGACGGAGGUGACACACGUCUACAUAGCCGAGGGCAAUAAGGCGGUCUUGGCCCUAAACGGACCACCCGAGCUACGCUUGAGCAACGAGACGCUGCUGCUGGAGGAGCACAACAAAUUAAUCACCUUCGAUGAUCAGCGCUCCAAGGGCUUUGGACGUCUGAGCAUUACCUUCAUGUACAACAGCGAGAAGUGCACGCUCCGAUUUAAGUUCUCGCUGCUGCGCGGCACCUGGCAUCUGCGCAACGUGGAAGUGGAAUACCGGGAUUAUAAGGCCGUAUUGCCGGCAAUUGGUAAUGAGUAUACGCUGCCAUCGGCACCGCUAGACUUCUCGUUCCGCUGUUCCUCCGAAGAGCUGCUCUUCACCAAUAUCAACAGCAACAGCAAUGAGACGCAGAUGAGUCUGCUGCUGACCGAUUACCAAGUGCAGCCCUGGCUAAAUGGCCGCAAGGAGUUUGGCGAUGUCUACGACUGCGUUGGCUUCAUCUCGGCUCCCAUUCUGGCCGGCCUGCUGGUGGUCUUCUUUCUGUUGGGCAUCCUCUCACUGGGUAUUUCUGCCAUGCUGAGCAUUCACACGCCAAAUCGCUUUGAGAGCUCCCGCAAUAAGCAGCUGACUUUCACAGUGCAGGAGUAGAGCUGCAUAUCCGCCUGGACGAGAGUGUUCCGCAGCUUGUAGCAUCGCUUUGGACCCUGCUGCAAUAUGUUUGUCCUGAUCACUUUUACGCCUGUUAAUCCGCUGGCAUUAUUAACGUUGGCCAUCGAAUUGUUUCUCAUACAUUUGCUGUUUGUGCUGAUUGUGCUCUAUGUUUAUGUGCUCUGGUACUACUAAUAUAAUGGCAGCCAUUCAAAUUACCUACAAGCAUA